AUGCUCUAUUACCCCUGGCGAAAUGAAGAGGAAAUUGUAAAUGCCGAUUGCGAAUCGUUGUUCAGUAGGCACCGUGAGGAAAUAAUGCAAAACAGGAACUAUCACUACAUCACAAACGGUGUAUUGGACGAUGCCACGGAGCAAGCACAGAAUGAUGCGCAAGCUAGAGUAACGGAGGCGGAGAUGGAUCCAUUUGCUCCCACAUUUGACUUUGACAAUUAUUACCUCGAUGAGCAAGAAGUGGCUCAUGUUGAAGAUGGGCAAUAUGAACGAAUUCAGUACGCGGAGAAUUUCCAGCUGCCAGAAAUAUCGAGGGGCAGCAUACGAAACCAGCAAAUGACUGAGGGCUGA